AUGCUUGUAGACUACGGCCUGGCUGUGCUGGAAGUCUUGGAAGAUGGAGAUUGCUUGGAGGCCAUUUUCGAGGUGCAAGCGCCUUCAAGAAUGGCCAAGGAGACGAUUCAGGAAGCUGGCGUCUCUGUGGGCGAUUUCAAGACCAUCAGAGUCUUGGGGACUGGUGCCUCCUGUCGAGUGGUGCAGGUUCAGCAUAAGCUUACAGGCAAGCAGUAUGCCGUAAAGGUGCUCAGUAAGCGCAAGCUGGUGACCCACGACAAGAAGCUGGAACGUGCCAUCGCUGAAAAGCGAGUGCUUUCAAGACUUUCACAUCCGUUCGUGGUGCAGAUGCACUGGGCCUUCCAGACGCAGGGACACCUCUUCUUAGUCUUGGACUACUGUUCAGGCGGAGAGCUGUUCUAUCAUUUGGACCGGCGCGGGCAGUUCUCUGAGAUGGACACCAGGUUCUAUAUCAGCGAGAUACUUUUGGGCCUCGAGUACCUUCACUCUCAGGGGAUCUUGUAUCGGGAUCUCAAGCCUGAGAAUUGCCUUCUGGAUUCUGGAGGACAUAUACGUCUCACAGAUUUCGGGCUGUCAAAGGAGAAUCUCACGCAGUCCGCUCUCUUCCAGUCCUUCGUAGGCACCGUGUUGUACUUGUCCCCCGAGAUGAUCCGACGAGAAGGUCAUGGCCUUGCGCUGGACUUCUACUGCUUGGGCUGCCUCUUGUAUGUGCUGCUCACUGGCAAGCUGCCACACUUCACUGGUGACGUGAACCAAAUGUGCGCCCGCCGGGCCAAGGGUGAGGCCUUCGAGGCCGGGUGGCUGGGUUGA